GCCGCGCGGAGCCGGGAGCGGAGCCCGCAGGAGACGCCGCCUGGAGACGCCUGCUCAGACUGGGCCCGGGACACAGGAACCCGCGUCUGCAGGAGCAGUUGGAGGGUCUGGCAGCAUGGAUGGGCGCACGGUGCGUGUGGGGGGGAUCCCAACAGACAUCCCGCCAGAGAGAGUCGCCGACAAGCUCACCAUCCACUUCCUGCGGGCCCGCAACGGCGGUGGAGAGAUCGCAGACAUCACGCUCGUCGCUGGCUCCCCAGCCUGCGCCCUCGUCACCUUUGAGGAAGCGGGAGUGGCUCAGAGGGUCCUGGAGAUGGAGAACCACGUUUUGUUGGUCGGUGGAAAGACGUACCCGCUGACAGUGACAGCGCACGCGGCCGAGCUGAGCCCCGACGAGAUCUUCGUGCGCGUUUGUAUGAUCAUCGACUACGGGAGGCUCCUGGACGGCAAAACCCUCCUGAGAAGCCUGCGCAGACGUUACGGUGCCGUGCAGUUCAGCUUCGACCCUAAGGAGACGCUGUGCACUGUCAAGGGGCCGUUCACGGAGCUGCAGGCCUUCAGCAGGGAGCUGCUAAGGAGCCAGCACGCUGGAGAGGGCCCCCCGGAGGGAGUCAGCCACCCAGUCACAGGGACGGCCGCUUCGCAGCAGGGGCCCCGCUCCCCUUUGCCAGAGCCCAGGGUGGAGAAGCAGCCAAGUCCGGGCCAAGUGCACGAGGAGGUGUCUGAGCCCCCGUUGCACAGGGACCCCGUGGACGGAGAAGCUGUGGAGCAGCUGGAGGACUUCUCCUUGGUGAUGGACGCGGAUAUCUACCUGUACAUGCAGAAAUUCUGCAGCGACAAGUACCAGCGGGUGCUGCACCAGCACCAGGUCGACGUGGUGGACGUCAGCAGUGACGGCAUCGCUGUUCUCUACCUCCAGGCCUCCUCGAAGAACAUGGGGAACAUCAGCUCCAUGGUGCAAGCCCGCCUGGCGCUGCUGGGCCUCUAUCAGCAGCUGGAAGCCAGUCUGCGCAAGGAGAAGAUCAGCAAGGGGGAGCUGAGCAGUGACAUGAGGUCUCAGAGGGCCCUGCUAGGGGACCUGCAGAAGCUGUGCCCCCUGCUUUUUUGUCACGAAGAUGAGCGGCAUCUCUAUCUCAUCGGGAAUCUGGUCGAUGUCUCCCAGGCCAAACAAUACAUCCAAGAUCGAACCACCGGGAGAAGAGCCACAGCCGGCCUCAGGAUGCCCAACACCUCCCUGGCCACCUACACAGCCGCCCUUCAUGGAGGGGAUGCCAGACUGGGCAAGCCCGAACCCCCGGUGGAUCCUUCACCCCCAAGACUUAGCCCUGGCAAGUUUGAGUCUAAAGGUGAACACAAGCUAGCCGCCAACUUCAGCUUCCUAAAGCACGACACGCCUGUUUCCAGUGCAUGGCCCUCGCUGGAUCGCAGCUCCCCGUUCAUAGAUCAGAUGGAGCUUUCUGGCAGCUGGUUAAAGGAAGCUGGCGCCCUGAGCCAGAGCGAUCCAGCACCACCAAGUGGUCAGCACCACCUGCCCGUCUCUGCGCCUGUCACUGGGCCAGCGGCAGAGGGUCAGCAGAGGGAGCUGAAGGAUUGGGACCAAAGGAAGGGGGCCCCCCUGCUCUUGAGACCCAAGACGCUGUCUCUGUUGGCUGGAGGCAAAGAAAGCAGCACUUUGCAGAGUCUUGGGGGCUGGAAAAGCCCCGUUCCCGUAAAGCCUCAGUCCAUUAGUAACGUGUCUAGCGCCUUCAAAUCUUUGAGCCUUUUCGAUACCACGGGGACCUGUUCAGCACUGGAUUCGAAACCACCCGAGUCUAGCGCCCCUCUGAGACGCUCCAACAGUUUCUCCAUUCCGAAGUCGAAGGCAAGCGACACACCCAGAGACCCCAGCAGGGCAGCCAGCAGGGCCCACGGGGUCAGCGAGGAGAUCACCAUGGAUCCUGUGCAGUGGGCUUAUCUGAAAGACAUUCACGGCUCUGCUAUUGACGGGCUGUGCAGGGAGGGAGGCGUCCUGCUCGCAGAGCGCAGCGACAAAGACUGCACCGUGCUGACGCUCACAGCUGAGGACAGGACAAAGCUCCUCCAAGCCAGGUGGAAGAUGGAGGCUCUGUGCCAGACGGUGUGUCCUGCUCUCGUAUGCCAGAGUCUGAGCUACUCCGAACUUGAUGUGGAGGGACCCAGCGACGAGGCCCUGAAUGAGCUGUGCAGCCUCUUGAAAGGAUGCUCUGCCCAGGUCAGAGUCAGCAAAGACAGGUACAAACUGCAUCUCACGUGCCCCAAGGAAGCGCUGCGGAGAGUCAAUGAGGCGUUCCAGAGAUUCUCUGCCAGGAGGCGAAGUGCUCUGACGCUUUCUUCCCCGUCUCGGGGGCUGGCGGGAUCUCUGUCCGAGGAAUAUCCAAGCCCCACGCACCAGGUGAAAACCCAGGACCCAGCGCUGGCUGCAGAAUAUCCCCAUAGCCGGGAGGGACUGCAGCCGCUGGAGGUUAGCAGCACAACCGUCCUGUCUGACAUUUCGGAGAGCGCCCCCCAGCUGAAUGGUGCUGACACAGUGAGACUGUACGGUCCCGGGUGGAACGCCACGAAAACCAGUAGCUACCGGCAGGCAGUGGGGCAAGAGGACCCAAGUUAUCACAGCGACUCACAGGACGUGCAGGGAGGCAGUGGCCUCCUUGAUGCCAGCUUGGCAGACAGACAGAGCCUCAGCCCAAGGGACCCCCAGGAGCUGCAGAAGGGGGAGAGGCCAGCUGGAGAGCCCGAGGCAGCCAGGAUAAAGCGGGUCCUGCCUGACAGAUUCCAGUUCGCAAGAGACAAGAGCCGAGGAGGCCCCAGUGAGGCAGGGGGAAGCCCGAGACCCCCUGCUCAUGCAGCAGAUGGUGCCCCACAGUCCUUGCCCAUCUGGCUCUCUAGCUCUGUGACUGCACUGCAGGCCAGGCCUGCAGCAGAGCGAGCCCCCAAGCCAGGCCAAGGGGACCCUGUGAGCCAGGAAGGCCACUUGCCCCCAGCAGGAGAUGGGGACUCACAGGAGACUGGGAUUUCAGAGCUGGAGCUAAGAGGGCCCAGCCCUGGGCAGGAAGCCCAUGAGCACAAGCUUGGGAAGUGUGAUGCGUGCCAGACCUCACGCACAGCGACCUGCCGCGCCCAGUGCGGCCACUCCCUGUGCCGGACUUGUUUUGCAGCAGAAGACACGCACCCAGCCUGCUGCAGCUCCCCCAAGAGCACGAGGGCUAUUAAAGGGGCAUUCAAGGUCGUGACCUUGUCCCAGAGCCUGCCUGGCCACUUUCGAGACCCAACGCUCAAGAUCAUCUAUGACAUCCCUGACGGUGUGCAGGAGGCUGGAGACCCCCGACCCGGGAGACCGUACAGGGGUGGCCGCUUCCAGGCCUUCCUGCCCGACAACAGGGAGGGGAAGAAGACAUCUCAGCUGCUGCAGAAAGCAUUUGAGCAGGGCCUGACCUUCCGGAUCCAAUCCUGUGAGGACGAGGAGGAGAGAGUGACGUGGCACCUCAUUCCCCACAAAACCUCCUUCGACAAGGGCAAGGCCAGGAAUGGCUACCCAGAUUCCCAGUACCUCCGCGAGGUCUGCGCUCUGCUGAGAAACUUGGGCAUCGAGUGAAAUUCCCAGCGCUGAGCUGCCAAAAGCCACCCCCUCUCUGCCGUCCUCCAGCCCCAGUCAGGCUCAGCCCAGCUGGCACAAGCCACGUUCAGUUCUGAGCUGCUCAGGACAGUGCUGGUUUUUCGCUGCUUGGGCUUCAUCUCCACCUCCCUUUGCUAGCCAGGAAUUCCUGUGCCAAGUGUAAGUGAAAACCGAGCUGUCCAGCGGCAGCGUCUCACCAGCACCCACCCUCGCUCCAGCUGAAGGGAAGUAAAACCUGCUGGCAGCUCCAGCUCCCAUUGGAUUUAGCUUGUUAACCAGCCGCCAGCAACAGCUUGUUUCGGCAUCAGUGAACGACCAGCAUUACAGGCUGAGCCAUUACCAGCUUCCAGCCCGAUGCUAAUCUCCAAUGGAGGCCCGUGUCUGGCUGCAGGAAAGGUCACCCUGGGACAUCCCAGUUCUGCCUUCGGGAGGCUGGGAGCUGCUCGUCUUUGUAGUGUUCAGUGCUUCUGGAAUGGCACUUUCCCCUUUGGCUAAUGAAGCCAAAACACAGGGGGUCCCGCCUACCAGCAUCCUGGGCAGUGCGGAACUACACUUGAUCUCAGUUAGCCUGGGCAUUUCAUUCCUUGGACAGACAGUCCGGAGCUCCCGUCCCAUCCCUAGGCCUCUAGCCCUGUGGGACCGUGGCCCAAACCUGCAGUGUUCAAGGCAGCACAACGUUGCACAUUCCCUGUUACUUUGCAUUCCGUGUAGUUGGGUGGAGAAUUCCAAAUAAACGAGUCUCAGUCCCCAC